AUGACUUCCGUCACCUCAAAGUCUAUGAGUAGGGUCCUAAGUAAGGUCCGCACUACGCCCGAUACUGCCGGCAAAGCGGUCGAAGAGGCCAUUCAAAGCUUCAAACACGUAUUGAAAGGCAAUGGCCUUGAAAGCGAACUUGAAGAAUUCGAAAAGGACGACAAGAUUCCUCCUGUAGAUGCCGUUGCAAGCUCGAUUCAACAUAUACUAGCCAACAAAGCUGAAAAAGAUUUCGUCACUUAUCAUUUCUUUCAGUACGGAAAUGCACAGUCACUCAAGGUGGAAACUAUGAUACGUUCGGUCAUUAGGCAAUCCCUAAAGCUCGUCACACUAUCCCAGGAUAUGAUUAACAGAUUAAAGAAUAUGGAAGAUGAAAACUUUUCUUCUCGGGAUGAUCUAAUUGCCUUUCUUGGACAAAUAAUUGGACUAUCGGAACGGUUCUACAUAUUCCUGGACGGUGUGGAUGAGUGCGAAUUUGCCCAACAACACAUGCUUUUCGACAGCUUACUCUCUCUUAUGCAUAGUCAUGAAUCUGCAAUCAGGAUUUUCCUUUCCGGCCGGGAAGCCUUAGCAAGUGAACUUUCAAAGAGGUUUCCUAGCCUUGAGCAGAUAUCAAUGACAUCUAGCGAAGCGAAGUCUGAUCUAGGGCUAUACGUCGAAAGUAUGAUCCUGGAACGAUGCGAGAAAGGAAUCUUGGCGACUAGAGACCAGACUCUUCUGGACGAGAUCCAACACGUACUGACUAAACAUGCGGACGGAAUGUUCCUCUGGGUAACAUUUCUCCUGGACGACCUAUGCGCACAAUAUUGUGACGACGAUAUCCGGAAAUGCCUCAAAACUCUGCCGAAAAAUCUCAAGGAAACAUUCAAUCGUGUGCUCCUACGAAUAGUGGCGCAAAAUAGAGAUAGCCUUGUCAAAAAGGUCAUUCCUUGGCUAGUCGCGGCGGCAAGACCUCUCACCCUCGAUGAACUCUGCGAUGCUCUGUCUAUUGAAGUGGGCCAGACACACUCAGUACGUGGGAGGAGGGUCAACGAUAAAGGGCGUAUCCUCAUCUGGUGCGAAAAUCUUGUUCAUGUUGACGAAGAGGACGAAUCUGUCCAGUUUGCGCAUCACACAAUUUUUCAGUUUAUCACGGAAGGCUGUUCUGACGUAAAAUUUGCCGACUUCCACGUUCUUUUGGAGGAGGCGGAUCAUAUUGCUGGAGAAAAGUGCAUCACAUAUCUUCAUUAUGGCGACUUUCAGAAAGCCGUGGCUCGGCAACAACAGACUCGCCUACUCCAGCCUAGGUCGAUAGGACUUGUUGCCAUUGGCAGUCAUGGCAAGCGCGCAAAACUUGCCAGACUCCUGAUGGAUCAGAAAUCAGGCGAUCAAAUAAAUGAUUGCAAGUACAACCUCAGCACACCUCAGAGUUAUCAAAAUAUCAGCGCAGAGAUACCUAUGACAUCCUUGCAAGCCUCAUAUCCAUUCUUAGAUUACGCAGUACAGAAUUGGCUUGUUCAUACCACCCUUUUCGAAGAAGGAAGGUCCUCCACGUGGAAUCUACUCCAAGGGAUCAUCAACGAAGGCCACGAUUUAGUAGUGGAACCUUGGAGCGGAGGUGGUUCAAAACAACUGCAAAUGCCCACACUCCGAUGGGCUCUGCGCCAUCAACACUAUGCUUUAGUAGCAAUAGUAUUGAAAAAAAUAACGCUAGAGGGGGAGUGGCAGGCUUUCCAAGACAUAGUGGCUUGGAUAGCUAUUCCUGCCUGCGAAGGGAAUGCGAAAAUGUUGAGCAUGGUGCUGGACAUUGUGUUGGACGCCGUUCAAGAACAUGAAGUUGUAAAGGACUUCCCCACCCGGUUACUAAUGAGAGCAUCAGAAAAGGGCCGACUGGAAGUGGUAUCAAUAUUAAUCACUGCUGGUGCAAAUGAUAUUCAAUAUGAUGGCCCUAACGCUCUCCAGGCUGCAGCUCGAGAAGGCCAUCUUGAUAUUGUAGAGUAUCUUGUCAACCUACCAGUUGAUAUCAACGCUACUGAAGCUCUUGUAGCUGCUUCCUCUAGAGGAUACCUUGAGAUUGUCAAGGUUCUAGUGGCUCAAGGGGCUAAUGUCAAUGCUCCUCCUACAAAACACAACGAUGGAGCUCUUCUUGCUGCCUCUAAGGAAGGCCACUUUGAGAUUGUAAAGUUUCUAGUUGCUGAAAAGGCUGAUACUAAUUACCGUGACCUAAGGGAAGGGAAAACAGCUCUGGAAUGUGCUCGUGACAGAGGUCAUCUUCUGGUUGUUGAACUUUUGACGAUGACACAAAACUUUGGAUCGGAUGUCAGCACAGCAAAACCUUGA